AUGGACACCAAGCGCUGCUUCGCCAACCGCUUCGAUGACUACCAGGGCAGUCUGCUGGCGGGCCAGUGCGAGGAGGCGGUGGCGCCCUUGGUCACCGCCACCAUCGAGCGCAUCCUUCAGGAGCUGCCCCCGCUCGGGGGCGGUGCUGAGGCCCGGGGGGCGGCGGCCGCGGCCAGCAGCUGCCAAGGCGGGCUGUACGGCGGCGUGGCCGGGGUGGCCUACAUGCUCUACCACGUCUCGCAGAGCCCGCUCUUUGCCGGGGCCCGGGAGCGCUACCUGCGCUCGGCCAAGCGCCUCAUUGACGCGUGCGCCCGCGCCGAGGAGUGGGGCGAGCCGGACGCCGACACCCGCGCUGCCUUCUUGCUCGGGGGAGCGGGCGUGUACGCCGUGGCCACGCUCGUGUACCACGCCCUGGGCCGGUCCGACUACGUGCAGCCGCUCGGCAAGUUCCGGGCUCUGUGCGCCGUCUGCGCGCCGGUCUCCUUCCUGGAGUGCGGCUCGGACGAGCUGUUCGUGGGCCGCGCGGGCUACCUGUGCGCCGCGCUGGUGCUCAAGCAGAAACUCGCCCAGGAGGUACUGACCCCAGCACAGAUCAAAUCAAUUUGCCAGGCGAUUCUGGACUCUGGGAAGCAGUAUGCCAUGAAAAAAAGGAAACCAUUCCCCCUGAUGUAUUCUUACUAUGGAACUGAAUACCUGGGAGCAGCUCAUGGCCUGUCGUCCAUUCUCCAAAUGCUUCUGUCUUACCACGAGCACCUCAAGCCCUCAGAUCAGGAGCUGGUAUGGCAGAGUGUGGACUUCCUCAUGGAGCAGGAACAGAACUGCAACUGGCCACCCGAGCUCGGCGAGGCCAUCGAGAGAGAGAACGAGCUGGUGCACUGGUGCCAUGGCGCCCCAGGAAUUGCCUAUCUGUUUGCCAAAGCUUAUCUGGUUUCCAAAAAACCACAGUACCUGGACACGUGUAUCCGGUGUGGGGAACUUACGUGGCAGAAGGGCCUGCUAAAGAAGGGGCCGGGGAUUUGCCAUGGUGUUGCCGGCAGUGCUUAUGUCUUCCUGCUGCUCUACCGCCUCACUGGAAACUCGAAAUACAUCUACCGAGCCCAAAGGUUUGCUGAGUUUUUAUUUACGGAGGAAUUCAAGGCCGGCUCUCGGGUCCUUGAAAGUAUAUACAGCUUGUAUGAAGGCUUCUCUGGGACGGUGUGCUUUCUGAUCGAUCUGCUGCAACCCAAUCAGGCCGAGUUCCCUCUCUUCAGCGUCUUUGUCUAGAAGGCUCCAUCUCCCACUGUGGCCCUGUAGAAGGUCCCUGAGAUUUCCCGAGCCUACCCGAGGCAGUUUCCACAUAAGCCACAUUCAAUGGUUAUCACAACCAUGAGCCUUAACAUUGCCGCCAGAAGGAAGGAUGGGAGAAGGCAGGUGAAGGCAACAUGAUACCAGACUUGACGGAGAACAGCUUGAGAACCUGCAGAAUUAAGACCCCACAACUCUUCUACAAACCACAGAGACUUAAAAUUUCAGGGAAUAGAUGUGAAACCAGAGAUCAGAGGAAAAAGGGAAAGAGAAAUGAUCCAUUUUUCAGUUAUGGCAUAGAAAACAAAACUGAAAUGUGGACUAUGUAGA